UCCCUUGAUACCCAUUUCUCACCAACCACAAAAACCCAAACAUCAUCAACCUUAAAAACCCAAUAUACUCGAGAACAGAGCAUCUCAAUGGCUAUGGCUUCUAAUUCACAAACUAAAUCGGCAAGAAAAUCCCAAUUAACCCCAAAUCCAAAUCCCACUUGGGCAGUCCCAAUCCGAACCACCUUCCGAACUUCCCUCGCCGUUCUAACCGCCCUCCUCCUCGUCACCGCCGUUUAUUUGACGCAAAACAGAGCACAAGUUUCAGAAAAUUACAGAGCCGGCGGCUAUGGCGGUGGCGGUGGCGGAUGCGACUUGUUUACUGGGAAGUGGGUUUUUGACAAUGAGUCUUAUCCGCUUUAUAAGGAGAGCGAGUGCGUUUUCAUGUCGGAUCAGUUGGCGUGUGAGAAAUUUGGGAGAAGGGAUUUGGGGUAUCGGAACUGGCGGUGGCAGCCGGAAGAAUGUGAGCUUCCGAGGUUUAAUGCAACAGCGCUGCUGCAGAGGUUGAGGAAUAAGAGGAUGGUGUUUGUGGGAGAUUCGUUGAAUCGUGGGCAGUGGGUUUCGAUGGUUUGCCUCGUCGGCUCUGUUAUUCCGCCGUCUCUGCAGUCCAUGCAGAGCGAUGGCUCCUUGAUAAUCUUCAAGGCCACUGAAUACAAUGCGACAAUUGAGUUUUACUGGUCCCCACUGAUGGUGGAGUCAAAUUCGGAUGAUCCAGUCAACCAUAGAUUGCCAGAUCGGAUUGUGAGAGUAAAAGCCAUCGAGAAGCAUGCAAGGCAUUGGGCCGAGGCCCACAUACUCAUUUUCAACACUUAUCUUUGGUGGAGAAGGCCCAGGAUUAAAGCCCUGUUUGGAUCGUUUGAAGAUGAAGAAACAAGUAGCUUAAAAUUAGUGAAGAUGAGACGAGGAUAUGAGAUGGCUUUAAAGACUUGGUCAGAUUGGUUGGAAGUUAAUAUAGAUCCAAACAACACCCAAUUGUUCUUCAUGAGCAUGUCACCCAUUCACGAUAGGGGAGAGGAAUGGGGUAGAGCCAAAGGUGAAAAUUGUUAUGGUGAAACAGAGCAAAUUACAAAAGUUGGGUACAAAGGAGAUGGGACAGAUCCAAAGAUGAUGAAGAUAGUGGAGAAUGUACUAAAUGACUUGAAAACAAGAGGAUUGAAUGUACAAAUGAUUAACAUUACACAACUUUCAGAAUAUAGAAAAGAAGCUCACCCAUCAAUUUAUAGGAAGCAAUGGGAGCCAUUGAAGGAAGACCAAAUUUCAAAUCCAAGUUCUUAUGCAGAUUGUAUCCAUUGGUGCCUUCCUGGUGUGCCUGAUGUUUGGAAUGAGCUUCUUUAUGCUUAUAUUUUUCAAUCCACUACACACUAACCAAAAUUUGAAAUAGUUGUUUCUUUUUUCUUUGUCAAAUUUUGUAAUUGUCACUAAACAAAUUCACUUCAAACGAACCCUCCAUAAGAAAUAGAAGGGUUUAUGAGAGAAGAUUGAUAGAUUGAAUGAUAAUAGCCCCUCACAUUUUAAUGUAAAAA